UGUUGGGGACUAUUGACGGAAGUAGAAGCAGUUGGGUCAACAGGAGCGUAGCAGCCAGUUCGUCGGCGUCUUUUUGGCGAUAAGCUGCUAUGCAGACAGACGAGCUUGUUUCUUGUGUGAAAAGUGAUUUGUUGAGAUCUUGCGACACUUUUCGCGUUCUUGUUGGCGUCACGGGAAGUGUGGCAGCCUUGAAACUGCCUCUUUUGGUCACCCAGCUUCUUCAGCUCCCUGGGGUGGAUGUAAGAGUGGUUACAACGGAGCAUGCCAAGCACUUCUAUGAUCCUGCAGAAGUUUCAGUAAAAAUCUACAGUGACAAGGAUGAAUGGGAGAUGUGGACUCAGAGAUCUGAUCCUGUGCUCCACAUUGACCUCAGGCGCUGGGCAGACCUACUUGUCAUUGCCCCCUUAGAUGCCAACACGCUUGGAAAGAUUGCUAACGGCCUUUGUGACAAUCUGCUGACAUGUGUGGUAAGAGCCUGGGAUAUGAGUCGCCCUCUCCUCUUCUGUCCUGCAAUGAAUACAGCUAUGUGGCAGCAUCCCAUUACAGCCCAGCAGGUGUCCAAACUGAAAGAGUUUGGAUAUGUGGAAAUCCCCUGCAUCGCUAAGAAGCUAGUGUGUGGAGAUGAAGGUAAAGGAGCCAUGGCAGAGGUAUCAACUAUCGUCAGUGUUGUCCAACUGUACCUUAAGAAACCGGAUGAGUCAUCUGAGAAAACAUGAACGCUGCAUCAACUGGCGCCGUAGAUCAAUAAAAAAAUAAAAAAUA